AUGGGUAGGAUCAACUGCAAUGUUUCUCCGGAUUGGACCUGCGCUGCGGCAAUAAUUGUCGACCCAGGAGGUUCCAGAUCUCUCUCCCAAGGAGUAGGCACAAGUGGUCCGGAAAGGGAUGAUUUGGCUCAAGGCGUUCUGCCAGCAUUUGCCCGAACGACGGAUAUCACAGGUAAAAUUAUCAGAGACGUGCUGAAGCCGCCCCCUACAGAGGAAGAGCUCAACUUCGAAUUGGAUUUCUGGGAGGAUGCGGAUGGUGAGGAUGUACGUAGCCUUCUCUGGGCGGCUGAUGCUGCAUCCAGGUCCGCAUUUUGCCAGGUCCCCUUUGCAGCAUGGGCAUUAACCGCCCUUGACGAGGAAGUUCCCGCCGUGGAGUCGCUUCAUUGGUAUCUUGACUUCAUCGCCGUUAAACUCUCCAACCGUCUGCGAAGGUGUCCCGGAAUUGAGGAACAUUUGCCCGAGGUUCUUCGUGAGGCCAGUCCUCCUGGGUGCCUGGUGAUUUCCAGUGCUGUUAAGAGAAGCCGGGGUGGCAAGGCUAGUAGAACAAAUAGAGAUUUUGUUAAACAGCCUCUUCAGCACCUGUUUCAUCAACCCUUUGCCGGACCUGUUGCGGAUGCUUUGAGGAUCCUAGAUCUGCGAUUCCAGCGUACCUAUCACUCCCGAGUUUACGGCGAGCCUGCGGAAUUCAGGACCGAAUUAUCUCUACUCCUAGGGGUUACGGCAAGCUCUCCUCAGUCGCUAGCACAGUCAAUCACGGAAGCAGAUUUAGAGUUGUUCCGAGAUGCAUUCGUACUGGAAUUCAUGGACCCAGAUCGGGAGCAUAAGCGCUUGAAGGAAUUAGGCAAUGCAUGGAAUCAACGAUGUAAAGAUAUCGAUGAGUGCGUCACGGUAAAACCAGAGUUGGGGGGCGCCUUUCUUGAAGUUGCUCGGUGUUUGCAUCAACGGCGAAAUUUUCACGCUUCAACCGCGGUAGCGACAGGUCUGAGAAGUGCCAGGUAUGACGGAGGCCCGAUACUGCAAGACUUGCUCCGGAUACUGGAUGAUGUUCAAGCCAACCACGAUGAACUUCGCAAAGGACCAGCAGUACCCGCUUUGUUUCCUCUUUUGAAAGAACUAGAAAUUCUCAGCCAAGGGAUGCGGUUGCAGAAGUUGUCAUGUAGCCAAUUUUUCCGGUUAGCAGCCUCUUGCGUUGCUGAAUUGCAUUCCUUUCAUACAUUUCAAUCCACCGAUGAACUGGAGUCGAGUGGGAUUUGCAGGUGGAUUGGGAGCAUACUGUGUAUCAACUCCUGGCAUUGGUAA